AUUGCUGAAAAUAUGAACAUGAAUCAACACUUCAUUCCACCAUACGGCACGCAACAAACUACUGUGAGUGGUAUCCAGUACGGCCAAAUGGUUCCAAACACCAUGUAUUCAGUAUCAAGCUGCUGGUGGCAUUCUGCAAGCACCAAUGCAUCAAGUGACUGACGCGAGAAGCGUUAUGUGGGGCCAGGGUCCAUUGAUAUUGUAUCCAGUGAGUGGCGUUCAGUGGGGCCCAAUGUUUGCCGUUCAGCACAGCCAGACUCCUUUGAUGCAAAUGCAUGUCCGAUCACCGUAUAUCCAGUAUCAAAAAGUUGGAGGCACACAGCCAAACCAGAAGGAUAUCGGUACGCCAUACAUCCAGUAUCAAGCAGUUGGGGUAAUACAGCCGAGUCCAGUGCAUUUCGGAACACCAUAUACUCAGUAUCAAGCAAAUGACAUCCAGCAUGGAGAUGUUCCACAUAUGGGCGACGAACUCUACGGUGACUGUCGUGGAGGACAACAAUUUCAAGAGGGAACGGACAAUUCAAAACAAAAUCAUGCUCAGUGCCGUCGCAACGGUUUGAAUAAUACCAUUUCGAGCGAUCGUCAAGAGAUUCUCGUCAGUUCGACUGAACAUCAACAGUUGACAAGCAGCUCAGCAUCGUAUGAAGUAGGGGCUGAUCGUGAUUUGGACGUGCUGACGGAAAAUCGUUUAAAUGAUUCCAAAUUAGACAUGUACGACGUCACUGAUUCUUUCCUUCCUAUUACCAAUCGUAACGAUACCAUCGAAUCGACUGACAACUUCGCAACGAAGUGUGGUUCAAACACUCUAUUCGGCCAGGGAACAGACAACGAUGAAAAAAACGGAGCGUAA